AUGGCUUCGGCUGAGCGGCUCCUGGUGGCCCCGGCCCGUUUCAGCCGCUCUCUGGCGGCUCCUUUCCCACUCGGCCAGUUCUACAGCAAUGGAGGCCACUCCAACGCGGGCGGCGGCGGCUCCUCGGGCUUCGGCUCCUACUACCAGGGUGGCGAUGGCUACAGCUCGCCCGCGGCGCCCAAACACGGCGGCAAGAAGCAGCAGCACGGCGGGCAGCAGAAGUCCUACGGCUCAGGGUACCAGAGCCACCAGGGCCAGCAGCAGCAGAACUACAGCCAGAACCAGUACGGCAGCUACGGCGGGCCGCAGG